AUGGACGGUAGAGGUAAUAGUCGGCAAGGCGAACCAUGGAAUGCAAGAGGUAAACAAAAGUGGGAGCCUCUGCAGAGUGGUCAAGGAAGCGCUCGAGAGAGAGCGAGGGAAAUUGAUCUCUUGGUGAAUCAUUUCAAGGUCAAAUUCGUUCCCAAUAAGGAGAUAAUCCAAUACAAAGUGGACAUAAUCGGCGCACCUUCUCAGGGGGUUUCUGGAAGCCGGACUAAUAUGUCUAUGGCAGUUAAGAAAUACAUUAUGAACAAAUUCAUUGAAGACAAUUUGCGCAAUAAAAGUCUUAUGUACGACGGAACAGACAACCUGUAUAGCCCAAUGGAAUUGGAACAGGAAGAUUUUAUAGUGGAGCCCUCUAGAGGCAAAAAAUAUAGGGUAAAAUUGGAGAGAGUGGCGUCAUCAAGUGUUACGGAGUUUCUUGGUAAUGAAAGCGGCCAUGUGACUGUGAAGCAGGAGUUCUUGCAGAAGUUGGAUGCGGCUGUAAAGGAGCAUCUCAGAAGAAACUACAUAAUUGUGGGACAAGGUUUCUACAAAAAUCCAAGUUGCCUUGAUUAUGGCACUGUAGCUGAAAAUGGGUUUUCAAUGAGUCUCAGACGAACGGCCCAGGGACUAAAUCUUAUUGUUGAUUAUUCUAUCACGGCCUUCUACGUAGAAAUCCCCGUUCUGAAAUAUUUGGAGGCGAACGGUAUUCGAAUGCCUCUUGAUGUUGAAAGAGCUCUGAAAGGUUUGCAGGUGACCGUCAAAAACAGGCAGCCGGGACAAAAGUUCACUGUGGUGGGACUCACUAAACAUGUUACUAAAGAGAUCAAGUUCAAUACAGAUGAGGGAGGGGAGGAUACAAGUAUUGUGGAUUACUACAAGAAACUUCCUUGUCUGGAGCUGAUCAAGAAGCCCGGUGAACAAAAUUUUGUUCAGAUGGAGUUUUGUCAGAUUUGUGAAGGGCAGAGGGUUGUCGAGGAUAAUUUGAACUCUGAGCAUGAAAAAGCAUUGAAGAGGGUUGUCAGCCUGCCGGAGAGGAGGGAAAAAAUCGUUCAAAUAAUUAAAAGCGAACAAGGACCUUCCGGAGGCGGUCCUUACCUUGCCGGUUUCGAAAUGACUCUGCACCCCGAAAUGACCCAAGUGACAGGACGUGUACUAGACGCACCUGUGCUAAUGUUGGGCAACAAGAAGGGCACCAAAAAGAAGCUGACGCCAGGGAACGAUAAGAGGCAAUGGAACAUGACUAGGGAGAACAAGAAAACUGUUUUCGAUGGGAAAAUCCUUAAUAAUUGGGGAAUAAUACACUUCUCCAAAAUCCCCAACAAGCAAAUGGAUGUGGUGAAUAAGUUUAGAGACAAAAUUGUGAGAAGGUUCAUAGAGGUAGGUAUCAAUGUCAAACAAAAGCCCGUCAUAUUCGAAGAUGUAGAAGAGGACAUAUUAAACAAUGUGGUAAAGCUAAAGAAAGAACUACAGAAAAUCCAUAGCGAAAGGAACAAUGAGCUGGAGAUUUUAAUCUGUAUAGUGGAUUCAAGCAAGCACCCUGGAUUCAAAAACCUCAAGUUUAUCUGCGAGAUCGAAAUAGGCCUGACAACGCAAUGCUGCCUGUUUCAUCAAAGUGUGAAAAAAUGUGCUAAUCUUUACCAUCGGAAUGAUCCCUGUUUCAAGAAGAACCAAAAUUUUGCCUCCCAAUAUUUGACAAAUUUUGCUCUUGAAGUCAAUGUCAAGUUAGGCGGGAGCAAUGUGGCUCUCUUGCAAAGCCAUUCGAAUCAGAUACCUUGUAUUGAUGACUCUGACGUGGUGUAUUUUGGAGCGGACGUGAAUCAUCCGAGAAAUCACGAUCAAGAAUUCCCGUCAAUUGCCGCUGUUGUUAUGAGCAUAAACUGGCCCGAUUCCAACCGCUACGUCUUCAGAAUUCAACGGCAGAAACACCGUCAGGAAAUGAUUUCAAAGCUGGGAGACAUGUGUAAAGAAUUGCUACAAGAGUAUAAGGAAACCAACAACAAAAGAUUGCCCAAAAAUGUUAUAUUUUUCAGAAAUGGGAUAGGUGACUGGCAGUUUGAUGAGGUCCGCAAGAAAGAGUUGGAAGCAUUGAAGGAUGCAUUCAUGGAGUUAGAAACAGAUUAUAAUCCAAAACUUACUUUCAUAAUAGCGCAGAAGCGGCAUCACACAAGGCUGUUCCGGAAAUCAGGAGACCAAAACGUGCCAUCUGGGACAGUUGUGGACAGUGCUGAAAUUGUUUACCCAUCGGAGAUUAACUUCUAUCUGUGCAGUCACCAUAACGAGCUGGGUACCAGCAAGGUAACGCAUUAUUACGUUCUGUGUAACGAAAUCGGGUUCAGUUCAGAGAAGCUGCAGACACUCAUUUACCAUCUAUGUUUCACAUCCGCCACCCGCACAAAGCCUGUCUCGAUCGUGCCUCCCGUUUAUUAUGCUGACCUGGCAGCAUGCAGAGGUCGACUGUAUGUCGAAGCACUGAAGGGUCUUUCUUCAUCGGAUAGUGACAGUUCUUUAUCGAAUUGUAACAGUAGUUUCAAUAUACUACUUCGGGGCGAGAAAUCCAUGUUUUUCAUUUGA